AUGGUGAAGUCUAUAGAGUUAGGUAAGAUUCUUCAGAAGAGGAAGAUCAACAUAGCGUGUGUUCAGGAGACUAGAUGGAAGGUUACUAAGGAACGAGAUGUAGACGGGUUUAAACUAUGGUACUCAAGGAGCGCUGGAGGUAAGAAUGUUGUAGGUACUUUAGUAGACAGGGAUCUCAGGGAGCUCGUGGUUGAGUUUAGGAGGGUAAAUGAUAGGUUGAUGAGUAUUAAGUUGGUAGUUGGUGGGUUUACUGUAAACGCGAUUAGUGCAUACGCUCCUCGGGUAGGUUUGAACCAGGAGGUCAAGAAGCAAUUUUGGGAUGAUUUGGUCGAGAUGGUGCGUAGUAUCCCGCACACAGAGAAGUUGUUCAUUGGCGGAGAUUUCAAUGGUCAUAUUGGGGCUGGUGCUGGGGGCUAUGAUGAUGUGCAUGGCGGGUACGGUUUUGGGGACAGGAAUGAGGGAGGUAAUUCGCUGUUGGAGUUUGCUAGAGCUUUUGAUUUGGUUAUAGCUAACUCGAGUUUCCCGAAGAGGGAAGAGCACCUGGUCACUUUUCGAAGUUUAAUGGGCAAGACUCAGAUUGAUUAUCUUCUCUGCAGGAAAUGCGAUAAAGCUAGUAGAGAAUACAAACGAGGAGGAAAAAAGGACUUAUCGGAGUGUUACAUAAAGGAGAAGAAAGAAGCAAAGUUAGCAGUUACGACGCCUAAGAACGCAGCGUUUGCUCGUUUGUACGAGGAGCUCGAGGGCAAAGGAGGGGACAAGAGGUUGUACCGGUUGGCCAAGGUGAGGGAGAGGAAAGCCCGUGACUUAGACCAAGUCAAUUGCAUCAAGGACGAGGAUGGCAAAGUGUUGAUGGACGAGGCACUCAUUAGGAGAAGGUGUCAGACAUACUUCCAUAAACUAUUGAAUGAGGAGGGGGAUAGACACAUUGUGAUGGGUGAGUUGGAGCACUCCGAGAGUCGACGGGAUUUUGGGUACUGUAGGCGGCUUAUGGUAGAGGAGGUGGAAGGGGCAAUGUGUAAGAUGUGCAGGGGCAGAGCAACGGGGCCAUAUGAAAUCUUGGUGGAAUUCUAG